UACAAUAAACUUGAGAAAUGAAAAUUUUAAUAUUUUUUUUCAAAAUCUAAAUAUCCGAACCCGAUCCGAAAUAACCGAAUCCGAACUAAAAAUACCCGAACCCGACCCGAAGUACAGAAAUACCCGAACGGGUUCUAGACCUCUAUAUCGAAAUACCCGAAAAUCCGAAAUACCCGACCCGAACCCGAACGCCCACCCCUAUCCGUAACUAUCAAUACUGUUGGUAAGACGAAAAUUCGGGGCUUGUCUUUAAAGUAAGUCAGGUAAUUUUGAAUUUUGAGAUUUUUUUUAUAGUAAUUUGGAUAAUUAUUAGAUAUUUUAUUAGUUUAAAUUUUAAAUCUCAUAUUCAUUCUCUCCCUGAACGGCGAUGACUGAGGAACACAACCAAAAAGAAUCGAAUAUUCAGAAUGAAACAAACUUGCACACAACAUGAGCUUACACUUUGAGACCAAAGCAGUGAUAUGCUUUGCCCUUGAUAUUUUAUUUGGAAACAAAAGAAAGUUGAACAUAAACAUACAAACAUGUAAUGUCCUCACACCAAAUGAAACACACAAGUUACACACUUACACUUGGUGAUUGUAUGUGGUUGUUUCAAGCACGUUCUUUGUAGCAAUGACAGUGUUUGUCUGGUCCCUCAAUAACUCCUUUACAGACUGCGUUCCUCCCGUAUCUGGCUAUGCAACAAUGACAGCAAUCGUUAUUUGAACCUGUGAACGGCUCUGGCCCGCACUCCUCGGAGAAUGUAGCAUUUUUGCAUCCCUGUGGAAGGCAUCUAGCCUUGAAUUGAUCAGUGUCAGUUUCAGUGAUUGAUUAAAACUGUCAUUACAUUUGUACAUGAGUUAAUAAAUUGAAAUGACACAAUAAUUCCUCUUAAAGAUUGUUCUUACUAUUCCAAGUCUAUACCUCACGAUGUAGUCAAUAUUUAUAUAUGAUUUUCUCGGGACAAAAAUUUGAAUGUAAGCGGCGAUAAAAUGAGGAACACAAACAAAAAACAAGUCAAAUAUUCAGAAUGAAGCAAAAAAUUCACACAACAUGAGCUUACACUUCGGGGAUAGCAUUGAUAUGCUUUGCCCUUGAUGUUUUAUUUGGAAGCAAAAGAAAGUUGAACAUACACAUACACACAUGUAAUGUCCUCACACCAAAUGAAUACAAAAGUUACACAAUUACACUUGGUAGUUGUAUGAGGUUAUUUCAAACACGUUCUUUGUAGCAAUGACAGUGUUUGUCUGGUCCCUCAACAACUCCUUUACAGACUGCCUCCCUCCCGUAUUUGGCUACGCAACAGUGACAGCAAUCGUUAUUUGAACCUGUGAACGGCUCCGGCCCGCACUCCUCGGAGAAUGUAGCAUUUUUGCAUCCCUGUGGAAGGCAUCUGGCCUUGAUGUUCAUAGCCUCAAUUUUUAGGAUUUCUACAUGUGGACAUAUUCAUCAAGAUUAUCUAAACAAAGUAUUUAAAAGACAACUGCAAAGCAUAAUAGAGAACUUCAUCAAAGUUAUACCGGUUGAAGCCAUCAAGAGGACAAGCAAUAGAACGGUAAAGGUGACGGAGCUGAGGUUCUUUGCCAUUUCUUUUGGUUUUGCUUUGCUCUUUCUUAAACUUGUUUUUGUUUUUUCUUGCCAGUAAACUUAGUUUUUGUGAAACAUAUCCAUGUAUGGUGAUCUAUUUAUAGUCAAAAUUUCAUUAGUUUGUAUAAUUGUUUAUUCUCUCUGCUUUGAUGUCUGGUUUACCCAAGUUCAUAAUGUCGACACAAUUGUGCAUUGCCGUUCUAUUUAUCGAUAAAUAAUCAAAAGAAAGGUUUCCGUUGACUUUAAAAAAAAAUUCAUUUCAUAUUUUCCAUUUUUUAGUUAAUUCAUUUUAUGAAUCCAUUUCUUAAGUUUCAAAAUGUCCGCACUACUGUGCAAUAUACGUUUCAUCAAAUUUAUAAUUUCCUUCUAAAAGUUUUUUUAAUUUUAAUCAUCCAUUUACCUUAGAUAAUUAACCAAAAGAAUGUCAGAAUACAUCGAAUGAUGUUACAUUGAUUAAAUGACACCUCUUUAUCAUCAGGAUCAUGGUAUUAGGUGGAAGCAUCGUAAUAUUUCCAUACGAAACAAUAAAAACACUAAAUCCUGUAGACUGUCAUUCACCGCUGUAUAUGAAAGAAGUUAACCGAAAUCUUGUAGAAACUAACAUUGUUGGUGAAGCUCUCGCAAAGAAAAAUAUAUUUAAUGCAAUCUAAAGAAUGCUCAAGAACGACAACUUAAGCAGCCUAUUGAGGUCGAGAAAAAUGGGGAAGCUAGCCACUUGCUAAAUUAGAUCAUAUAAGAUUAUCAUCGGACCUAUCGGUUAGACCUACCCAAAAUAUGCAAGUACCUACCUGAUUCAACUCGGAGAUUCAUACAUAUCUAAAUGUAAGAAUAGGGAGAUCCCUCAAAUCCAAAUAUGAGUAUGUUUGGGUAAGCUGUACCGAAUACUCUAAAAGCAACCUUAUCGGUAGUUUUCUAAAUAAAAAAAAACAAAUUAUUAAUAUCUCUUUUACUAAAACAGAUUAUUCUCAUGAACCGAUUUUUUUUGUAAGUUUUUAAAUUAAAUUCACACUUCUAUUAUAUAGUUAAAUUCACUUUUAUAAUUAUGAAAAUAACAUUUAUACUGCUAAAUGUGUUUUCAAACAAUACAAUAACUAAUCAUGCGUCCAAACAAUAUAAAAUAUUAAGUCAUACUUUUUUAAUAAUUUUUUAUUUAUCUUCUUUUAUAAAUUAUUUGAUUUAAAACAACUCAAAUAAUUUAUAAAAAGUUGAAAAUAGGUAUAAUUAUUUUGGUGGGUUUAGAUACUACAAAAAAGUAUUUAAUAUGAAAUUACUAUAUUAUUUUUUUAGUAUUUUCAUAAAUAAAAAAAUUGAAUUCGUUUAAACUUAAUAAAUAUUAGACUCUUAUUCUUAAGUUGUUUUAUUCUUAAUAACAUAUAAUUAUAUAUGCGAUAUUAUGCUUGGUUUAAGUUGACAUCAAAUAGUUUUAUAUAAAUAAAAUGUUAGCCAAUAAAUUAACAUCAAAUAAGUAUUAUAAUUAAAAAUUUAUUAAAUAAGCAUAUAUCAGAAAUUUAAUCAAACAAAUUACAUAUAUCUUAUUAAAUAUUCGUAACGAAAUGAGUUAAAAUAAUUAAAAACAAAAUUAACAAAUAUUAAGAUAGUUUUCCCAUUUAAUAUAAAUAUAAAAUAGUAUAAUUAUGUAGUUUUUAAAUACAGUAAGAUAAAAAAUUUUAAACAUUACUUAUAAAAUAAUGUUAAAAUCUACUGAUAUUAUAAACGGAAAUUACCAAAAAAACAUAUUAAAAAAAUAUUUAUAACCCUAAGGUUAACUAAUCUAGAGUGGGCCUGACUGGUGUAACCGCAGCGGUUGCGGUUGCGAGAGUUUGCAGAUGCGAGUGGUUGCGGCUUUAAGUGGUUUUAAGAGAUUUUUAGGACUGGUACUACGGUUAAAAAUUGGUGCGUUUGCAAAAUACUUAUGACUAGUUAAUCACCAAAUACAACAGCGGUUAAAUAAUAAAUUAAUAAUAUUUAUAUUUUAUAUAAUUAUAAAAUAUUAAACAUCAUAAUAUUAUAAUAAAUAUACAAAUAUAUUUUUAAAAAUUAUAUUUUUAAAUUUAAAACAAUUAUAGAAACUAUUUUUAUUUUUAAAUUUUAUAAAACUAAGCACAGGUUGGUCCAUGUCAUCCAAUAGAAAAGGUUGGUCCAUGUCAUCCAAUAGAAAUGGUGCUUUUAUGUUUCAAGCUUCAGGGUACCAUCUCCACGAAUCUGAAUCAUGAACUCCCACCUCCCACCAAUUGACAAUCUUUUAAAAUAUUAAACUGUUUAUAAACCCUUUAUAGACAUGAUAACCAACCGAUGUGGAAAUAUAGUGUAUUUCACGGUUCAAAUCAUCCUUUUUCAUAAGACUAUACGUUUUUUUUUGCUAAGUAUGUGAAUUUCAUUAGAAAAUGAGAGAGUUUGUUGAUACAAAAAGUUUAAGCAGAGGAAGACUACAAUUUUGAAGCAAUACAAAAGAUGAUUACUCGUGAGUCAAAAAAUGACUCACGAAGUUGCGGAAUUUUUUACGGUCCUUCUUUGCGAUGAUGACAUUUCGAACCAGUCUAUCAAUCUUCUUGAAAGUAACCAAGAGAGGGGCUGAGAUAGAGUUGUGUACUCUAUUAUUACGCUCCCACCAUAAGGAGUAGACAGUAGCAUGGGCAGCAACCCGACGGAGAGUGGGGGGGCACACACUGUCUCGAAUACCAAGCCAGUUCAUAAACGCAGUCCAGGUGUGGAACCGGAUGGGAGCGUAUCCUAAUCGCUUAGUGAUUAAGAGCCAAAGUUGUUCGCUGUAACCACAUCUCAGGAACAGGUGAUCUCUCGUUUCCAUGUAAACAUUGCAGACACAGCAUGUGUCCACCGUGUUUACCGCCCAGAUUGCUAUAAGUGACCUCGUUGGAAGGCGAUCCAGGUGAGCCAUCCACAUCAUAAACGCAUGGCUUGGAAUUGAUCCUUUGAACCAAACAUUUUCUGUCCAUGACUGAGUGUCUCGCCGGUUUCGGAUUGAUUCCCAGGUUUGCUUAGUCCCAUACGAGGUCAACACUUCAUCAUCAACUUCAUAAGACUAUACGUGUUAACUUAUCCUUUUUAAUUAUAUUACCCAUGCCAUUCUAUAAUUGGAAACCCUAAUAUUUAUCAGAUCAUCUCAUCCUCUUCACGAUAACAACCGUUGUCAACACUCUUCUUUCCUCCAAAAGCCAGUUUGACUUCUACUUCCUGUGAACCAUCUCUCUCUGCUAUCACGUUGUAGCUGCAGCACUCAACAGAAGCAUAAGAGACGAUAUAGGGUGUUUACUCUUCGCGCACGGAACCACCUCUUAGGUUAGGGUUUUGACAUGGAAAAAUUCGGACUUCCUCUGAGUAGUACAUUCUAUUCAUGGUAAAUAUUCAAACUUGUGUAGUUUUACUUUUUUACGGAAUGUCCAAGAAAGGAAUAAUCAGUCCAUUUAAAAGGAAGACUUUUGCGUAUUUACAUAAGUAGUAAAAAUGGUAAUUCAGAACAUAACCAAUUAUGGAAAACUUCUAAAUAAAGAAUCGAAUCAAUACUAAUAGACUAGUAUAAGGAGAGCAAGAUGCAUGAAAACAAUCUAUAUCUCUGUCUGCAUAAUUCGUUUUCAUUGUUGCAACAUCAAUAUGGGAGGCACAAAACGUAAAAUAAAGAUUGAGGAGAUCGAAAAGAAGACAGUGAAAUCGGUUGCUUUCACGAAACGACGUAACGGUCUCUUCCGCAAAGCUGCUGAGCUCUGUCUUCUCUCUUCCUCUGCUCAAAUCGCAAUCUUAGCGACUCCUCCUUCUACCAAUUCUCACGCUGCUUUCUACUCCUUUGGCCACUCCUCUGUCGACCACGUUGUUUCCUCUCUGCUCAACGAUAGGUGUCCUCUUCCGACAGAACAAGAGAACAACUCAAGAUUAGGGUUUUGGUGGGAAGACGAAGGGUUUAACAGAUCGGAGAACAUAGAUGAAUUAAAAGAAGCUACUGACGCGGUUUCUAGGAUGUUGAACAAUUUAAGGCUACGAUUAGAUGCUUUGAAGAGUAAUCAAAGUGGUGGAGCUUUAGUGAUCCAUCAAGAGGAAGUUCUUCACAUUUGUGACACCGAGACAAACAACAACGAAGAGAUGACGAAUCAAAUUACUAGACUUGAAGGAGCUUCUGGAAUUUUGGUAGAGAAUGUGGAGGAUAGUCUACCUAAUGAUGGGAUUUUUGGUGAUGCCAAGAUUGAUACACUUUAAUUAGAUAAUGUUAUUUUGUUCA